AUGGCAGAAUUAUCAACAGAAGUAUCAUGUGGCGGUCAGAAUUCUUGUUCUCCCGUCAAGAUAAGCAAUACCGUGGCGACAAAUCAUCUCCCGAAGGCGGUUAUAGUUACCAUCUUCAUGAUUGAUCGUCGAAAAGGUGUCGCCCUUACCCAGACCUUUCGCAUUUAUUCAUCCUUUUUCGAUGAUGCGUGGGUGUCGCUUUAUAUCUGGAGUAUAUUUUCCAUGCCGCGAAAGCCAUUGGAGGGUAAUAGCGGCUAUCUGUCGGAGUCUUCAUUGCCGGGUCAGGUGAUGCCGGGUGGCUAUACGUAA